UUGGGUGACGGCGGGAGAGGGAAAGACAAAAGAAGGAGAGAGGGUGCAGACGAGGCGGGCACGAGCGGAGGGGACUGGAGCAAAUGGCCACGGAGGAGACGGCGGGGGGAGCCAGGAAAGCCACCAAGAGCAAACUAUUUGAGUUCCUGGUCCAUGGAGUGCGUCCUGGCAUGCCGUCUGGGGCGAGGAUGCCCCACCAGGGAGCUCCCAUGGGCCCCCCCGGUCCGCCCUACGGAGGGAACCCGGCGGUGCGGCCCGGCCUGCCCUCCCCGGUGAUGGAGGCCAGUCGCAAGAGGCCCGCCCCCUCCCAGCAGGUCCAGCAGCAGCAGCAACAACAGCAGCAGCAGCAACAGCAGCAGGCCGUACAGAACCGGGCCAGAAAGAAGCCGCUUGGAUUCCCCGGAGCCAGCGAGAUGCCGACGAGGCCCAUGGACUUGCGAGAGCCCCAAUCAGAUCCCACGCUCGGAUCAAAUGCUAAGAGGAGGAAAAUGGCAGACAAGAUUCUUCCGCAAAGGAUCCGCGAGCUGGUCCCCGAGUCCCAGGCCUACAUGGACCUGCUGGCCUUCGAGCGCAAACUGGACCAGACCAUCAUGCGCAAGCGCGUGGACAUCCAGGAGGCGCUGAAGCGGCCCAUGAAGCAGAAGCGCAAACUGAGGCUGUACAUAUCCAACACCUUUAACCCGGCUCGGCCCGACGCCGACGACUCGGACGGGAGCAUCGCGUCGUGGGAGCUCCGAGUGGAGGGCAAGCUGCUGGAUGACCCAGGAAAACAGAAGAAGAAGUUCUCCUCGUUUUUUAAGAGCCUGGUCAUCGAGUUGGACAAAGACCUCUACGGUCCUGACAACCACCUGGUGGAGUGGCACCGCACGGCUACCACCCAGGAAACAGACGGCUUCCAGGUGAAGAGGCCCGGAGACGUGAGCGUGCGUUGUACGCUGCUACUGAUGCUGGACUACCAGCCCCCUCAGUUCAAGCUGGACCCCCGGCUGGCACGCCUGCUGGGCAUCCACACUCAGACCCGCUCGUGCAUCAUCCAAGCGCUGUGGCAGUACGUGAAGACCAACAAGCUGCAAGACUCCCACGACAAGGAGUACAUCAACUGUGACAAGUACUUCCAGCAGAUUUUUGACUGUCCCCGACUGAAGUUCUCAGAGAUCCCUCAGCGCCUCACCAACCUUCUGCUGCCCCCCGACCCCAUCGUCAUUAACCACGUCAUCAGCGUGGACCCCAACGACCAGAAGAAAACGGCCUGCUACGACAUUGACGUGGAGGUGGAAGACCCCCUGAAGAGCCAGAUGAGCAGCUUCCUGCUGUCCACCGCCAACCAGCAGGAAAUCGCCACGCUGGACAACAAGGUGAUAGCAGCACUUCCUGGUGGAAACGGGUGGGAAAACCACUUCAUGAACUUUAUUGAUGCAUUUCCUCCUUUUCAGAUCCACGAGACCAUCGAGUCUAUCAACCAGCUAAAGAUCCAAAGGGACUUCAUGCUCAGCUUCUCCCGAGACCCCAAAGGCUACAUCCAGGACUGGCUCAAGUCCCAGAGCAGAGACCUCAAGUUAAUGACAGACGUGGUGGGGAACCCCGAGGAGGAACGCAGAGCGGCCUUUUAUCAUGAGCCCUGGUCCCAGGAAGCUGUCAGCCGCUACUUCUACUGUAAGAUCCAGCAGAGGAGACAGGAGCUGGAGCAGGCCUUGGCAGUCCGCAACACCUAAACAGAGACCCUCUGCAGUCGUGUGCGUGUGUUUGGGUGCAUGUGUUUGAGGCCAAACAACUGGUACUGCAUCAUAUUAAGAGAUGUUUCUAAUAUUUUGCCACCCCAUUAUGUAGCUAAAUAAGGUCAUGGAUGUUAGAAACAGAUCUCCAUGUGAUUCAGUUAUUAACAUUAAAAAAAAAAACAAUCAUAGUAAUUAUAAUGUAACACAACAUGUUACAUUAAUACACAUUUGUUAGGGUCGUUGCAGUUCCACUUAAAUCCUAUAGGCGUCGGUAGUGCUCCUUUUAAACUGCUGCCGAUUGCCAAGACAAUAGAAGAAGACAUUUCUACCCGCUUCUACCUGGACUGGGAAUGCUAAAAACAUCGUUAACAACAAAAGGUUGGCUUCUUUUUAAUUCGUUAUUUUUACGUGACAUAUGUGUUUUAAAAAAAAAAGUGGAAUAAUGGGAUAUGCAGGCACACGUUUAUACGCAGAAAACACCGUUCCUAGCAUGUUUUUCGUCGACCUGGGCCGCCAUUUUGAGUGUUAAUACUUGUAUUCCGAGUAUUAAAAGGGAACAUACUAAAUAAA